AUGGUCCGUGACUGCAUGAUUGCCUGCCCAUGCUGGAGAAUGGAAGGGGGUUCCGACCGGAGCCGGAGACCUUUGAUCCGGGGUAGAGACCUUGGGGAAAUCAAUAAUUACCUUCACUCGCAACCCCCGCCUACGAGGAUCGGAAAACGACCAGAUGCGACACUGAUAUAUGAGACCGCGCCUCAAGAUCUCCGACCCAUCAUCCUCUCCGGUCCUUCAGGCGUCGGCAAAGGGACACUUAUUCAAAGGCUGUUUGAUACAUAUCCCGGUACCUUUGGAUUCACCGUAUCCCAUACGACGCGAAAACCGCGGCCGGGCGAAGUCGAGGGCGUCGCCUACUUCUUUGUCUCCCCCUCCGAGUUUUCCUCCCUCUGCUCUCAAGGUGCUCUCGUAGAGCACGCGUAUUUCAGUGGCAACUACUAUGGCACGAGCAAGCAGACCAUUGACGAUCAGACCAGCAAAGGCUUGGCUGUAGUGCUCGACAUUGAGAUGCAGGGCGUCCAGCAGAUGAAGGCCAACCCCAGCAUCGAUGCGCGAUAUGUCGUUAUUAAACCGCCAAGCUUCGAAGCUCUUGAGAAGCGUCUCAGGGCCCGCGGGACUGAGAAUGAGGAGGACGUACAAAAUAGGCUCACCCAGGCUCGAGUGGAACUUGAUUACGCCGACUCUCCGGGCUCUUAUGAUAAGAUCAUUGUCAACGAUGACAUUGAAGCGGCGUAUAAGGAGCUUGAGAUGUUUGUGUUUGGACCGACGUAG